GCAGAUCUGUUAGCCAGUGUCGCGCAGAGCUCGCGCACUACGCGCAGUCUUGCCACCAAAGCGGCUGCACGGUCCUAGUUCUAAACGUUCUUCCUUUGUUUUUUAAAACUGUUUGAUAAAGCGAAACCUCAGACGGAUUAAUUCACAGAGAAGUUGGAGUUGAAUAUUCGUGUCCGUGUGGAUGACAUACACUAAGGAUUUGCAGGAAAACCCUCACGCUCAGUAAAGGUUAUGCGGUAGGCUAACACUAUUUUUCGAAAACCCUGGUGUGGUGUGUUUCACGCUCAUAAUCAAGGACUUUGGAACACUUGUGCAGGACUGCGUUUCAAAUUUGAUUCUGAAAUGCAGCAAUUUUUCCAAUAACAAUAUCAGCAAAGGAACUUUUCGUGUCGCUAACAUAUUGUUGACCUGGGAAAGACAAAACAGCGCUCAUUUUACUCUGAGCAGACACAUAAAUUCGAAAUGCCCUUUAUCCCGUAAGAAAUUUUUUUGGACAGUUCGGAAUAAUUUGAAUCGUUCAUGUGACUUGUCAGACCUGUGGCUGACCGUGCACCUCUCCGCGAGCGUAAAACACAACCGCUCAGACUGGAGAAAAUGACCAUGAUCCGCCACUGAGGCGGAACCGGGACGCACGCUCUGACCGGAUACUUGUGUGGAGCUGAUCUUCGGAACAUGAAGACGGCCGCGAGUCAGAUCGUCGGAGUUUAUUUUGCGGGGAUAUUCGUCCUUAUUCCUGGCUUCUGGACAGCAGACGUGAACGGAUAUGGAGGGUCAGGCUCCAGGCUGGGCCCGCUCCAGUUCCCUAACGUGUCCAACCUGAGCGCCUUCCUGAUGGAGCCCAGCUCGGGGACCCUCUACCUGGGAGCGCGGGACACUAUCCUGGCCGUGGACGCGACCACUCUGAAGCAGAAACACGCUCGGAUCAUUUGGAACGUUCCGGAAGACAAGCGGCAGUCUUGUAUGGGGAAGGGAAAGACUGAGGGGGACUGUCACAACUACAUCCGGCUGCUGGAGUUUAUGGAGGAGAGGCGGAUCUACGCUUGUGGCACCUACGCCUUUGACCCACAGUGCGCCAUCAUCAACAUGCAGGAUUUCUCUCUGGAGAGAGCAGAGGACGGCAGUGUGAGGAUGGAGUCGGGUAAAGGGAAAUGCCCCUUCGAACCCAGCCAGCACUACACUGCAGUUAUGGCAGAUGGAGUGCUGUAUGCUGCUACCACCAGUAACUUCCUGGGUACGCUGUUCGACAUCUCACGAGCAACUGGCUCUGAAACCGAACGCAUUCGCACCGAGCAGUCCAUCAACUGGCUCAGUGAUCCAGAGUUUGUGAGCUCCUCCUUCAUCAAAGAGCGGUUGGAUAGCCCCACAGGGGACGAUGAUAAGAUCUACUUUUUCUUCACGGAGGUCGCCAAGGAGUAUGACCUCUACACCAAGGUCAAAGUGCCCAGGGUGGCCCGCGUCUGCAAGGAGGACCUUGGUGGUAUGAAGACGCUGCAGAAGAGGUGGACCACCUUCCUGAAGGCCCAGCUGGUGUGUGAGGACCGGGCCAGUGGCCAGCGCUACAACAUCCUCACCAACGUCUUCACCAAAGAGCAUCAGCCAGGAGACCCCAGCUCCACACACUUCUACGGCAUCUUCACUUCCCAAUGGGAGAGGGAGGAGCUCUCUGCAGUGUGUGUGUACAGUCUGGCUGAUAUCCAGAAAGUGAUGGCUGGGCCCUUCAAGGACCUGAAGAAGUGUGAGAACUGGAUGAACUCGGAUCCCGUCCCUUACCCUCGACCAGGACAAUGCAUCAGCCACGCUCUGAAGACCGAGGGCUUCGAGUCUUCCCUCAAACUGCCCGACAAAGUGCUGACGUUUGUGCGAGACCACCCUCUGAUGGAGAACAGCGUUGUGGCAGCGCCCCUGCUGGUCAGGAGGGGAAUUACCUACACGACCAUUGCUGUCACCUUGACACCCGCUGCCAACGGCGACCAGGGCAGUGCCACCAUCCUGCUGCUGGGCACAGAUCGGGGGGAGCUGCACAGAGUUUCGGUUCUGGGGCAGAACGCCACCCUGCUGCAGGAGGACCCACUGUUCACUGCCCAGGAGCCUGUUAACAACAUCCUACUGUACCAGGACCAGGCGCUGGUGCUGUCCCGUCUCUCUCUGGCACGGGUUGCUGCAGAGGGGUGUGGGGUGUACCCCACCUGUGAGGAGUGUGCGCGUGCACAGGGGCUGGGCUGCAGGUGGAGCAUCAAAGAGGUGGCGUGUACCCCCAUCCUGAUUGGGUCACAGAUGGACGAGCCUGAGGAUCCUCUUCAGCUGUGUGACUCUGGAGAGGCUCGCUGCGCUCCUGUCACUCAGGAGUUGCGUGUGGUGGAGGGCUUGCGUGUGCUGUUGCCGUGUGACCAGGUUUCGCCGCGCCCGUGUCACUGGGAGUACCCCCCCGACCGCCACACGCGCCAGCACCACACCCACCUGGAGGUCACCGUGACGACGGCCAGCCUGGGGUCCUACACCUGCUUCUGCGAGGAGGGCCGGCGGGAGGGGGGGUCCUGUCGCCGGGCCAGCUACACGCUGGCGCUGGAGGGGCCGCGGGCGGGGGGGUCGGUGGGGCUGGGGGCCGGCCGGCAGGUGCUGGCCGCGUACGUGUUCUGCUUCGUGGCGGGCGUGGUCCUGGGCGGCGCCCUGCUGCACCUGUGCCGGAAGCGAGGCGGGACCGGCCCGCAGAAGGGGCGGGGCCUGCUGCCCUCCUCGGACACGCCGCAGUCGCCCAGCAGCGCCAGCCUGCUGUCGGAGGGCGUGCCCCUGACGGAGAAGCGCAACGGCACGCUGAACGGGCACGGCGGCGUCUACGCCCGCGCCAGCGGCCUCAAGCUGCAGGAGUCUGCCGCCAACCUGGCGCAGGAGCUGGACUGCAGCGAGCGGGCGGGGCCGGGGGCGGGGCCUGGGGCGGGGCCGGGGGCGGAGCUCGGGCUGGAGGAUGAGAUUGCGGUUGCGAUGGAGGCGGAGCUCUCGGAGCUGAAGGCGUUUCGGGACGCCCCCCUGGCCAAAUGUGAGGAGAGCUCAAUCUGACCCUCUCAAACACCCCCCCCCCCAGACCCUGCACUGAACCCCAAUCUGAGCCCCCACUGCCACAGCCUGAGAGAGAGAGCACCCCGAUACACACACACACACUCUCUCUCUGGCAGAUGGGUGGGGCGGAGCUUCAUUGGAUCAGCAUCUGAUUGGCUUAGAUCACUGCCAGACUGUGCCCCUCCCUCCUCCAUGUUCCUGUGUUACUUGGAGCACAGACCUGUCCUGACCCAGCGCUGCACAGACCUGUCCCGACCCAGCCCUGCAGGGGUCAGUCCCAACCCAGCCCUGCAGGGGUCUGUACAACCCAGCACUGCACAGACCUGUCCUGACCCAGCGCUGCACAGACCUGUCCCGACCCAGCCCUGCAGGGGUCAGUCCCAACCCAGCCCUGCAGGGGUCUGUACAACCCAGCACUGCACAGACCUGUCCCGACCCAGCCCUGCAGGGGUCAGUCCCGACCCAGCCCUGCAGGGGUCUGUACAACCCAGCACUGCACAGACCUGUCCUGACCCAGCGCUGCACAGACCUGUCCCGACCCAGCCCUGCAGGGGUCAGUCCCAACCCAGCCCUGCAGGGUCUGUACAACCCAGCACUGCACAGACCUGUCCCGACCCAGCCCUGCAGGGGUCAGUUCCGACCCAGCCCUGCAGGGGUCUGUACAACCCAGCACUGCACAGACCUGUCCUGACCCAGCGCUGCACAGACCUGUCCUGACUCCUGACCCAGCGAUGCACAGAUCUGUCCUGACCCAGCGCUGCAGGGCUAUGACUGUGCGAAGGGCUGAAGGAGCUGGAGUUUGACUGCGGCAAAGUGCAGCUGCGGAGGGAUGUAAAGAUUUAAAGUUUUUUUUCCUCAAUUUUUUUUACUUUCAUUUUGCUUUUAUACAAUAAUGUCUGUGGAGGUGUGUGUGCCUCUGUGCAGGUGUGUGUGUGUACCUGUGUGCAGGUGUGUGUGUGUACCUGUAUGCAGGUGUGUGUGUGUGUGUACCUGUGCAGGUGUGUGUGUACCUGUGUGCAGGUGUGUGUGUGUACCUGUAUGCAGGUGUGUGUGUGUGUGUACCUGUGCAGGUGUGUGUGUGUACCUGUAUGCAGGUGUGUGUGUGUGUACCUGUGCAGGUGUGUGUGUACCUGUGCAGGUGUGUGUGUGUACCUGUAUGCAGGUGUGUGUGUGUGUGUACCUGUGCAGGUGUGUGUGUACCUGUGUGCAGGUGUGUGUGUGUACCUGUAUGCAGGUGUGUGUGUGUGUGUGUACCUGUGCAGGUGUGUGUGUACCUGUGUGCAGGUGUGUGUGUGUACCUGUAUGCAGGUGUGUGUGUGUGUACCUGUGCAGGUGUGUGUGUGUGUACCUGUAUGCAGGUGUGUGUGUGUGUGUACCUGUGCAGGUGUGUGUGUACCUGUGUGCAGGUGUGUGUGUGUGUACCUGUGCAGGUGUGUGUGUGUGUACCUGUGUGCAGGUGUGUGUGUACCUGUGUGUAGGUGUGUGUGUGUACCUGUGUGCAGGUGUGUGUGUGUACCUGUGCAGGUGUCCCAGGUUUCGGGACAGUGGCAGUGCGCUUGGCUGGGCUCAGCCGGUGGAGGCAAUCUUUAGAGCUGGGGGGUCCGCCCUAUGGAAUAUAAUCAGGACCCCAGCUAGGGGUGUCUCUCCACCAAAGAGUCCCGUCCAGAACAAUAAUCAUCAUUAAAAAGCACAUCCUUCAUCUGUGCUACCAUGGAAACCCUGCCUGCUGAAAGGAGGCGUCUGUUUUUCAGAGACCUGUGUGUUAUUAUUUUAAAAAGCUCUCUCCUCUGAAGCGUGUUUGCGCUGUGUGAGUAUGUGCUGCAUAAAGCAGCCCUUCGCUGUCCAAUGACAACUUCGGAAUGUGGGCGGAAUGUGAGUUAAAACGCAUGUCACUGCCAUUGUUCUUUCUCUGUCAUCCACACUUUUACUUUCUUUAUGUCUUUUGUUUUCCUUUCUUUUUAAUUUUUUUUUUUUUAACGAGAAGGUAACACUGAGAUGUAGCGCCCCCCUUUGGUCAACUCCGAUAAUGACAGGUACGCAACCAAAGAGCCAGGAGCGCUCUGAUUGGGUAAUAAACACGCCUGGCUUCCUCUCUGCACUCUAAGCUCCCCCUUUUCCCACAAUACUGUGUAAUGCCCGCUGGGGUCUGGCAGGCGUCUGCUCGGAGUGGACGGGCACGCCGGUUCUCAUGGGACACCUGUGGGAGACGCCAAACUGAACCCAGUUCUCCUCAAACCCCUCCCCCUGAGGCAGUUGGGGCACCACAGGACACACAGGGGAGCCCCAAAAACAGGGGCCUGUGUGCCUUUUCGGCACACACCAGCACCAUUUUUCUCCUUUUUAACGUAUUAAGAAAUGUUAACCCUUUUAAAUAAACGUUUUAAAUAAAAAGCAACAUCUCAAUAACUGUAGUCUUCGGCCAUUCAAAUGGCAUCUAGCUGUAAUGAAAUGGAGACUCGUUCUGAACCAAUUUUAUUUGUUUUAACCCCCAAAAGUGUUACCUUCACUGUAAAUGUUACUUUGAAUAUUAAGAAAAAGAUGUCUAUUGCUGUAUAUACAUGUUUGGAUUAUAAGGUUUUAUUUUUAUAAUUUAUAUAAUAAAUAAAUGUACAUUUGUUUUUGAAUACCUAUAUUUGUGUAUAUUGUGGAUGACUGUAAGCAUAUGAAUGCACUGUGUUUAAUGUAAAUGCUAAUAAAGCUACCUCCUAUAAUG